UCGUCGUCGGUUGAUUGCGGUGGUGUUGGCGCGGAGGCACGAACUUUAUUUUAUUUUGUACCCGAUUUUGUCUCGUAUGGAAGCAAUUUCCAGGGAGUUGUUGCCUGAAGUUUUUCAGCUUCCCGAAUUAUAAAGCUUCACUGUUCUUAAGCGUACCGCUUAUGAGUUUCACAAUACCGUGCUAAGGAUAAUUGUUUUUGUGGCUAUAAGAAACAUUACCUUUCUGCUUCGUGAUAUGAAUUUUUGAUGAAGUGUGGAUCACCCUCAAACAAAAUGACCAUCCAAAGUGGAGGAAUUUUCAUCUGGAAAUGAGAAUUUGGGAAUUCGCAUUCCUAAUCGGGUAUUAUGCAUCAAUGGCUGCAAACCGUGAAAAAACUCGAAAUAAUCGUUAAACAACCCUAUCACUGUAGCAAUGUGUUUCGGCUGUUGUGACUGCUGGCUAUGUGCGCUAUGUGGCGGGAAUUUUUCGGAAAUUCAUUAUUUUCGCCAAUUGUUUGUUCAACAAUACUGAAACUACGUGAGUAAAUAAUCCGGAUGUGCUGAAUGUUUAAUAUCCACGAUGUUACAAUUGAGAGCGGCCUUUUCGCAAAGCUGCAAAACUUGAAUCAGUUUUAGUGAACCAAAUAGUUUGUAGAGUGUUAAAUCAUGGGGAAAUGUGCGAAUAUACUAGUUCGUUUAAUUGUUUGGGCUUGCUUCCUGACAGGAUGUACAUUUGGAAGCGACCUGGAAAAUUCAAAAGAUUUAUAUUUGUACCACACGCACCAAAGAGGCCCUAGAAGUUAUGUGAGCAAAGACUAUUCCUCGAAUGGCCUGCUUAAAGGUGUGGAGUCUGGCAAAGUGUUUUUAACGCCGAAUUCAACGACAAUUGUGGCUCAAAUUGGUGGCACUGCUAAAUUGCCUUGUGUAGUGAGAAAGUUCAACAACGGAGUGGUCUCUUGGAUCCGGAAAAACGAUUUGCCCCCCACGAUUCUGACAGUGGGGCUUGGCACUUACAUUGCCGACGAUCGCUUUUUGGUGGAACACGUGCGCCACUUGCAGAACUGGGGCCUGGUUAUUAAACAUGUCCAAAUAUCUGAUGCUGGAACUUACGAGUGUCAAGUGUCCUUGCAUCCCACAACCAGUAUAUUUAUUGACCUGAAAGUUAUAGAAGCCAUAGCGGAAAUCUCUGGAGCUCCCGACCUCCACAUCCGAGCUGGAUCCCGGCUUCGCAUAGUGUGCAGGCUGCGUCACAGCACAGAACCGCCUGCAUACGUCUUUUGGUAUCAUGAUCAUCGGAUGAUUAAUCACGAUCCAGGAGUACGAGUUACUAUCGAUAGAUCAACAAGCAUCCUACGAAUAGAAGACGUUGAUCCAAGUUUUAGUGGAAAUUACACUUGCUAUCCAGCAAAUGCCAUUCCAUCUUAUGUAAACGUGCAUGUUCUGAAUGCUACCGAUGAUCAAGAUCAUCAUGAAACUAUUCGAGUACUGAAACCUGGAAAUAAGGGAUUCUGGAAUAAUUUAUUUCCUGGAUAUAGUCAAUUUUGGUAA